AAGAAGGAAGAAGAAGAUGUUUUUUGUUGAAUAAAAGUGAGUUCGGAGAAUAAGAGGGAAACCAAUACUGAGAAAAGAGAAAGAGGGCGGGGAAGGAAGGCUUCACUGUCUACACUAGAUGAGAUUUUGUUGCCCAACGAAGCUUGAUUGAAGCUUUCACCCUCAUUCAAGCACUUGGUUGUUUGGGAAAUGGCUGAGAGAGAACAGCAGCACCAAAGUGAUGCACAGAUGCAAUCUCCAAAGGAUGAGAUGGUGGCAUGUGUGAUGGCAUUGGAGGCUGCUUUGCUUCCAUGCUUGCCUGCCAGAGAGCUUCAAGCAAUAGACCGCUCGCCGCACCCGUCUCAUCAGAUUGAUGUUGAGAGACAUGCCAGAGAUUUUAUGGAAGCUGCCAAAAAGCUUCAGCUCUAUUUUAUUGGUCUGCAACUUGAGGAUCUGCCCACGAAUGCUGAAAAACUCAGAAAGGAGAUUGCUGUGAUGGAAGAGGAGUUGAAGGUAAAGAAUGAGAUUAUCAAGAAGAAUGAAAGGUUAAUCCAAGGGUGGAAAAAGGAGCUGAAAGACCAAUUGGACAGACACAAUACUGAGCUCGAGAAAGUGUAGUUACUUAACCAAUAGAUAUUUCAUCCCAUCUUAUGGUAGAUCAUUUGGUAGCAUAGCAAAUGAAUGCUUUUUUUCCCAUCCUAUUUCCCGCAUAAAUUAUGAUCAGUUGCAUCCAAAUUGGCUAGAGAAUUUUGCUGAUUCUACGUUUGGCUUUGUUGGCAGCUGUUUUUCGAUUGCUUCUUUUACAUGUCUAGCAGCGUAUUUCAUGCUUGCUUGCUUUAGCUGUAAACAAAGUUACAGUCACAGCUAGUCACAUGAGGUUCAAACUAAUGUACUUGUGGUUGCAUAACCGUUUCCCAGCGGCUUGGGACAACGAAACCACUUUAGUUGUGGACUCGUAAGAUUACUAAUUAUGGGAAAAAAGUUCUGUCAAUCAA